AUGCUACUGCUACAGCUGGAACCUGCAUUUGUCCACAAGCUAAUCCUUGGUUUGAUGGAUCGACUUGCCAAACUUGUGAAUCAGGCAGUUAUUAUGGAAGCUCUGGAUGCACUGCUUGUUCAACAUCAGGGUCUAUUAGAGUUAGAUCAAUGAUCAAAGCCAAGAAAAGUCCAAGCUGCUGUCCUGACGGCAAAUAUUUAG